AUGCGUGAUGGGAAUAGGGUGUGGCAAGAAGGGGAUGAGGUAGUUUCGGCCAUGCUAGUAAAUUUCUAUUCCCAACUUUUCUCUUCCUCUAACCCUUAUGAUUUGGAUCAGAUUUUGAGUGGGGUUCAGCCUAUGGUAUCUGAUGAUGUGAGAGCAGAUCUUGAUAAGCCUUCUUCUAGUAAGGAGAUCAGUCAAGCUUUAUCUACUCGUUGGUCCCCUCCACCUGUUGGUACCUACAAAACUAAUUUUGAUGCUGCGAUAUUUUAUGAGCUGCAUUGUGCAAGACUUGGCGUCGUUUAUCGAGAUCAUUCAGGCCAAGUUAUUGCUGCCUUGAGUCAGAGGAUUGGUCUACCCCAUACGGUGGAGAUGGCUAAAGCCUUGGCUGCAAGACGAGUUAUGGAGUUUGCUAGGGAAAUAAGCAUUUUUGAUGUCAUAUUGGAGGGUGAUUGCCUGCGGGUUGUGCAAGCUUUAAAUGCUUCAGGUGGGUGCAAUACUUUGUAUGGUCAUAUAGUCAAUGAAACUAAGAGGUUAGGGGCUGUUUUGAGGCACUAUAGUUUUCAACAUGUUGGUCGGGACGAGAAUAAAUUAGCUCAUUGUUUAGCUAGGAGAGCAAUUUCAUCUGCAGAAACUGAUGUUUGGGUAGAAGAUCUACUUGGGGAUUUGGAUGAUGUGUUACAAUCCGAUUUGUCUUAA